AUGAGAAGAAAUAUAAUAUCAUUGUUGGCACUACUAAGACUUUCUGUGGCAAUAGAUGGCGCCACAGACAGUGUGGAUGACACAGGUCGUCAGUUAUUUGGGACAGAGGACAAGACGAAGACAUCAAGUCUUCUGCAGGACUACACUGAACAUGUAGUUUACACAGACACUUCAGACAGUUCACGUGUGUGGUCUAGAGAUAGUCAUCACUACAGGGAUUCUGUUGUUAAGACCUCGUCUUCUACCGAAAUACCUACAGUAGUUUACGGUCAAAACGAAACUUUUGGACGACUUGAACCAGUUGAUGUUGACCUCCUGACCUGCGUCAUCCGAUCUCAGACUCAUCAGGUCAAAGGUAGCGAGGGCAGCAUCUCCAUGUCACUCAGACCGACCUCCGACACAGGACAAGACCAGACUUUUGUUCACUUCUGCAAUGUGGAGCUAACGGUUCCACCAAGCAUGGUGGCCUAUGUGAACGUGUCACAUACUCGUGAAGAGUGUAUCGAGUGUAUACGCCUAAUACUACGUGAUGAUGAGGGUAGUCUUCUCUUUUACGCAAGUCCAAAUUAUCUCCCGGAAAUAUUUUACACUUAUUCCAGAAGUCUUACAAUUCUGGUCAAAAUAAUCAGCCUCAGCUCAACCUUUCACCUUCUUUUAAAUUUCUCGGCUGUUCCAGAAACCAGUCGUCCACAGUUACUGGUCAACUUCACCUCCCCAAACACAGGUUAUGUAGAAACUCCGAACGUGGACUUCACGCCCUACACAAACUUUUGGGUACACCUGGUGGCGCCACUCAAUCACAUUGUCGUUAUAAGUUUUGAUGAUAUUGACAGCGCCUACACCUGCUUGAGCCGUUUUCCUGACCACCUGACUUUCCGUACAAAGAGCAGUUACAGAGAGUAUUCAAUAUGUUCCUUAGAAAUGAACGGUGACCUGGAUUUUUAUCCUGGUGAGAUGCUGAUGGAGUACAAAGUUUACUCUAUGACAUACGGUGGACAUUUUAAAAUGAUGUUUUCCUUCCACCACGUGUCGGCGCUGCCUGUGAAGUUGUCUGACGGCAGGUGGAACUGCUCGGCCGUGCGAUGGGAGGACAUGCAGCAUCACUUCCCGUGUAACUUUGUGUCUAACUGUGUGGGCGGCGAAGAUGAGGCUGGAUGCUGGUCAGGUGACGGCACGUGCGGCGCUGGACAAGUCGAGGUGGACGGUCGCUGCUUUACUUUCACGCACGUGGUGGAGGAAGACCUUUCCUGGAAUGAUGCGAACCGUUGGUGUCAGGAGCGUAAACAACAGCUCGCCAGUUUUAGUGCCAGAACAGUGUGGGACUUCUUUAUGGAGUUUUUCAAUCAUUUAACAGAUUCUUCAAGAAUUUUCGUUGGAGUUAGGUUCGCGCCGUCAUCUUUACCUCCAAUAUAUCGAAAGAGUUGGAUGUGGUGUGACGAGACCAUCGCUCAUGUCUUGGAACUAAAGAACCUGGGACUCAGAAUGCCCAACGACAACUGCGUGGUGACCACAAGUUACUCGAUGCGUAGUGUCUUGCUUAGAGGGCAUCUAACGGUCACAUCAUGUGAACAAACACUUCCUGUCUCCUAUCACUUAUGUGAGAUCCAGGGAACACCAAGUAUGUACCCUGCUCUCCAGGCACCAGAUGUCCACGUGACACAACCCACGUCCAGACUUUCUAAGCCAGGGUACAUCCUGUGCCCUGCUAACCACUUCACGCACGUGUUUCUCGCCUGUGACGUCACCUCUAACUGCUGGAGCAAGACAGAUGGCGCCACGUACUACUGCUCGCCACCACUGACGUCACUUCCUCCUCUCUUUGAGUGUGCUGAUAUACAGCAAAGUGUACCAUACACUUUAGUAUGCGAUCAUCGAGCUGACUGCCUUGAUGGCAGUGAUGAAAACAUUUGCGUCUUUCCUCGCUGCGACCUGGACUCACCUUUUCGAUGCAGUGACAGAAGGUGUGUACAGGCGAUCGAGCGUUGCAAUGGACAAGUGGACUGCGAUGACCAAGCGGAUGAAGCAAAUUGCCUUGACAUGUUUAACGGUAUAGACAGAAGCAGAAAAUUACAGAACUCUUUCAGAAUUGAUAGUAAUUCAAAUGGACAGAUCGUAUACACCGAACUGUCACCAUUUUCUUGUCCCGAUUCGCACUUCGUGUGUCCAAGCCUUCACGAAGUGUGUCUGCCUGUCUACUUCCGGUGUAACGGAGUCAACGACUGUCCUGGUCUCGAGGACGAGGGUGCAUGUGACAGGUACACGUGUCCAGGCUUCUACCGUUGCCGCAAAACUCAGUCUGUUCGUGCUAAUUCUAUUUCUUCUUCAUGUUCGUCUAAAACUAUCAAAGACUUCAAUGUUGCACUACGCCUAAUGACUGUAGUGAUGUCGGACUUUCUGUGCUGGUUCCCUGUUGGUUUGAUAGGAAUCCUCGCUGCAAAUGAGUUUGCUAUUUCCGGAGAGGUCAAUGUGGGGUUAGCUAUUUUUGUUCUGCCCUUCAACGCCGCACUUAACCCGUUCCUGUACACCAUCAACAUCUACUUAGAGCGCCGACGAUGUAGAAGAGAGGAGGAAAGACAAAAGCGGAUCAUCGCUCAACUGAAAUUAAUAAACAGUUACACUGAAGCGCGGAAUUCAAAACUUAAACUUACAAACAACGAGGCUCUUGACCUCAUUAAGACGAUGCUUUCGGCCAAAGUUUUUUCUCCUGACGAGCUAAGAAACGUCAUUGAAGUAAACAGAAACACAGAAUCUGUUUAA